CCCCCGGCAGACAAAGGGCCUGGGCAAACUCGCCGCCCGGCCUCCUUGCGCUCCGGGAGGCGGCGGCGCCCGCGGUGGAUCGCUCACGGAGGCGCGCGCGGGGCCGGGAGCGCGGUAUGGGGAAGAGCCGCGAGAUGCGCCUGACUCACAUCUGCUGCUGCCUCCUUUACCAGCUGGGGGUCCUGUCGAAUGGGAUCGUCUCAGGGCUGCAGUUCGCCCCCGACCGCGAGGAGUGGGAAGUCGUGUUUCCGGCACUCUGGCGCCGAGAGCCGGUGGACGCGGCGGGCGGCAGCGGGGGCAGCGCGGAUCCAGGCUGGGUGCGCGGCGCUACCGGCGGCGGAGGCGCCCGAACGCAGACGGCCGGCAGCUCGCGCGAGGUGCGCUCCGUGGCCCCGGCGCCGCCCCGGGAGCCCGCGGAAGGCCGGUCCGAGCCCCGGCCCGGACCCCUGCCGCCGGGGGGCGAAGAGGACGAGGAGCUUGAAUCGCAGGAACUGCCGCGGGGAUCCAGCGGGGCUGCCGCCCUGUCCCCGGGCGCCCCGGCCUCGUGGCAGCCGCCGCCGCCGCCCCCGUCUCCGCCCCCAGCCCAGCCAGCCGAGUCGGACGGCGACGAGGUACUGCUGCGGAUCCCGGCCUUCUCCCGGGACCUAUACCUGCUGCUCCGGAGAGACGGCCGCUUCCUGGCGCCGCGCUUCGCGGUGGAACAGUGGCCCAGUCCCGGUCCGGGCCCCACGCGGGCAGCAGCCGCCCCGCGCCCUCCCGCGCCGCCCGACGCCGCCUGCUUCUACACCGGGGCGGUGUUGCGGCACCCAGGCUCGCUGGCCUCUUUCAGCACCUGCGGAGGUGGCCUGAUGGGAUUUAUACAGCUCAAUGAGGACUUCAUAUUUAUUGAACCACUCAAUGAUACAAUGGCCAUAACGGGUCACCCACACCGUGUAUAUAGGCAGAAAAGGUCCAUGGAGGAAAAAGUCACAGAGAAGUCAGCUUCUCACAGUCAUUACUGUGGUAUCAUUUCAGAUAAAGGAAGACCUAGAUCUAAAAAAAUAACUGAAAGUGGAAGAAGGAAACGAUAUUCAUACAAAUUACCUCAAGAAUACAACAUAGAGACUGUAGUGGUUGCAGACCCAGCAAUGGUUUCCUAUCAUGGAGCAGAUGCAGCCAGGAGAUUCAUUCUAACCAUCUUAAAUAUGGUUUUUAACCUUUUCCAACACAAGAGUCUUGGUGUGCAGGUCAAUCUUCGUGUGAUAAAGCUUAUUCUGCUCCAUGAAACUCCAGCAGAUCUAUAUAUUGGGCAUCAUGGAGAGAAAAUGUUAGAGAGUUUUUGUAAGUGGCAACAUGAGGAGUUUGGCAAAAAGAAUGAUAUACAUUUAGAGAUGUCAACCAGCUGGGGUGAGGACAUGGCUUCCGUGGAUGCAGCUAUCCUCAUAACAAGGAAAGAUUUCUGUGUACACAAAGAUGAACCAUGUGAUACUGUUGGUAUAGCUUACUUGAGUGGAAUGUGCAGUGAGAAGAGAAAAUGUAUUAUUGCUGAAGACAAUGGCCUGAAUCUUGCAUUUACAAUUGCUCAUGAAAUGGGUCACAACAUGGGCAUUAAUCACGACAAUGACCACCCAUCGUGUGCUGAUGGUCUUCAUAUCAUGUCUGGUGAAUGGAUUAAAGGACAGAACCUUGGUGAUGUUUCCUGGUCCCGAUGUAGCAAGGAAGAUUUGGAAAGAUUUCUAAGGUCAAAGGCCAGUCACUGCUUGCUACAGACAAAUCCCCAGAGUGUCAAUUCUGUAAUGGUUCCUUCCAAGUUGCCAGAGAUGACCUACACUGCAGACGAGCAAUGUCAGAUUCUCUUUGGGCCAUUGGCUUCCUUUUGUCAAGAAAUGCAGCAUGUUAUUUGCACAGGGUUGUGGUGCAAGGUAGAAGGUGAGAAAGAAUGCAAAACCAAACUAGAUCCACCAAUGGAUGGAACCGAUUGUGACACUGGUAAGUGGUGUAAGGCUGGAGAAUGUACCAGCAGGACCUCAGCACCUGGAGUGGCCGGAGAGUGGAGCUUGUGGAGUCCCUGUAGCCGAACCUGCAGUUCUGGGAUCAGCAGUCGAGAGCGCCAGUGUCCUGGGCUAGGUUCUGAAGCGAGGGAUUGUAAUGGUCCCAGAAAACAAUACAGAAUAUGUGAGAAUCCACCUUGUCCUGCAGGUUUGCCUGGAUUCAGAGACUGGCAAUGUCAGGCCUAUAGUGUUAGAACUUCGUACCCAAAGCAUGUACUUCAGUGGCACGCUGUCAUGGAUGAAGAAAAACCAUGUGCCCUGUUUUGCUCUCCUGUUGGAAAAGAACAGCCUAUUCUUCUCUCAGAAAAAGUGUUGGACGGGACUUCUUGUGGAAAUCAGGGAUCCGAUAUCUGUGCGAAUGGCAGGUGUCAGAAAGUUGGCUGUGAUGGUGUCUUAGGGUCUCUUGCAAGGGAAGAUCAUUGUGGUGUCUGCAAUGGCAAUGGAAAAUCAUGCAAAAUCAUUAAAGGAGAUUUUAACCACACCAGAGGAGCAGGUUAUGUGGAAGUGCUGGUGAUUCCUGCUGGAGCAAGAAGAAUCAAGGUUGUGGAGGAAAAGCCAGCACACAGCUAUCUAGCUCUCCGAGACACUGGAAAACAAUCUAUUAAUAGUGACUGGAAGAUCGAACACUCUGGUGCGUUCACCUUAGCGGGAACUACUGUACAUUACGUAAGACGAGGCCUCUGGGAGAAGAUCUCCGCCAAAGGUCCUACUACGUCACCUUUACACCUGCUGGUGCUGCUGUUUCAAGACCAGAAUUAUGGUCUUCACUAUGAAUACACCAUCCCAUCAGACCCUCUUCCAGAGAAUCAGAGCUCUAAAGGACCUGAACCCCUUUUCAUGUGGACACACACAGGCUGGGAAGAUUGCGAUGCCACGUGUGGAGGAGGAGAAAGGAAGACAACAGUGUCUUGCACAAAAAUCAUGAACAAGAAUAUCAGCAUUGUGGACAACAAGAAAUGCAAAUACUUAACCAAGCCAGAGCCACAGAUUCGCAAGUGCAACGAGCAGCCGUGCCAAAUGAGAUGGAUGAUGACAGAAUGGACCCCGUGUUCACGAACUUGUGGAAAAGGGAUGCAGAGCAGACAAGUGGCCUGUACCCAACAGCUGAGCAAUGGCACCCUGAUCAGAGCCCGGGAGAGGGACUGCACGGGGCCCAAGCCGGCCUCCGCCCAGCGCUGCGAGGGCCAGGACUGCAUGACUGUGUGGGAGGCGGGCGUGUGGUCCGAGUGUUCGGUCAAGUGUGGCAAAGGCGUCCGUCAUCGGACCGUGAGGUGUACCAACCCUCGAAAGAAAUGCGUCCUUUCCACCAGACCGCGGGAGGCUGAGGAUUGUGAAGAUUAUUCCAAGUGCUAUGUGUGGCGAAUGGGUGACUGGUCUAAGUGCUCAAUUACCUGUGGCAAGGGAAUGCAGUCUCGGGUCAUUCAGUGCAUGCAUAAGAUCACAGGAAGACAUGGAAAUGAAUGUUUUUCUUCAGAAAAACCUGCAGCAUACAGGCCAUGCCACCUGCAGCCCUGCAAUGAGAAGAUUAAUGUCAAUACUAUAACAUCACCCAGGCUGGCUGCUCUGACUUUCAAGUGCCUGGGAGACCAGUGGCCUGUGUACUGCCGGGUGAUACGUGAAAAGAACCUCUGUCAGGAUAUGCGGUGGUAUCAGCGCUGCUGUGAGACGUGCAGGGACUUCUAUGCCCAGAAGCUGCAGCAGAAGAGUUGACCUCUAGCACGCUGGCUGGCUCACAGCCCUUUGCCAUUGCAUUAUUUAUGAACACACACCCUAGCAUGUUUUUCAGACCAAAUAUUAUCAGAUUACAUAUAAUUUAAUCAAAUUAAUUUAUUUUGGGGGCCUGCCACACAUCCGAUAUGGUGUUUGUUUUGGUUCUGCAAACAAAUUUUGAUGUAUGCUAUAUGGCUUCAUACAUCAUUUUACAUCAAUAAGUUGGAUCCAGUUUCCAGAAUGAAAAUAAAAAGGGAAAAAGGAAAAAAACAACUGAGAUCUUUAGGCUUUCAGAAAAAAACAUUUUUUUUUUUUUUUUACAUUAGGGCUGUCCCUAAGGUGCUACUCUCCCCCACAACAAUACCAUUGCGUUAUCCAGAAUGUAUACUAAUUUAGCAUAAUAGUUUAGUUAUAUAUGGAGGAAAAUCAUUUUUGGGUUUUGGUGUCCUGAUGCAGAAUUAGCCCAUUUUCUGUAAUCUGCAGAAGAUGUGUCAACAUAACAAACCUCAUGGCGUUGAACAGGAUUUUCGAGAAUGUAUCGUGCAUUUGGUUCAGACUUAGAGAUAUGUAUAGGAAAAAUUCUACUGUAAUUAUAGCCUUAUUUUAAUAAUGGAAAAGAAAAGUCAAAAUAGAGACUUUGAUCAUGUUCAUGAACAUGUACUUGAACACAAGUUUUGUAACAAUGAGACACUGUAAUGAUUUACACUGAAUCACCAUUGCACUGUUGAUAUAGUGUAGAGAAACCGUUAUAGAAAUGGUAACAUCCUACAAAAAUGUGUAUUAUUUUAACAUGCUGUCAUUAGAGUUUAGCUUUUUAAAAUAUUGUGAGCAAAGAAAGCAUCGAUUCACCCAUUUCCUUGUAUCUUUUUAGCAGAUUUAUAAAAGAGUAUAGUACUUAGCCUCACCAAUCAUGAGAAAAUUUACUAUUUUUUCAAACUUUUCCCUAGAAACAAGGAACAACCAAAAGCAUAUAAUACUGUGGUAGUUUCAUUGUGGUUUUUUUCUUCUUAAAAAUGAAAACGUUUUACACUUCUGUGAAACCUUUAACAACCAGCUUAAAGGUUUUCUUGUGAGAAAAUGCUGUACAUGAUUCACAUGAUUUCUUAGAUUUUUCAAUAAAAAUAUGUGAAACUUCCUAAUGGAGGCGAUUCUUCGUGAGUCUCUCACCUUUCUCCAUGUCUUGGCACUGUCUGCUUUUAUUCUGGAGUCUCUUCUCGAGGAUAUUGGUGUAAGGAACAGCUUUGGAAGAGGAAGAUGGCGUCCUCUUUGGAGCAGAGGGCAGCCACGCUUAUUUCUCUUUGUGAAAGUUUCAGGUUCCCUAAAAUUAGGAUCUCUCUCCUGUAAUCCAGUUUGCUACAUGCACAGGUAUCACCCGGCUCUCUUCGCAUCACCCCAGAGGAACUGGGACUCCAAGAACCGCACUGAGAAAAUGCCAAUGCUCUGGCUACUGCUUCUGCUAUAUGUGCCCAGGAGUGGGAUAGCUGGAUCAUAUGGACAACUAAACUAGUUUUAGUUUUGUGAGAUACUUCCAUACUGUUUUCCAUCACAGCUGUAUCAAUUUAUAUCCAGUCAACAGUGUAGGAGGGUUUCCUUUUAAGAGGAGACAUGUUUAAUCCAUCCCUUGCUUCCUGAAUCCAUGAAUUGACAAAGAACUAUCAUGAUUUAUUGGUCAGUGAAUCAAACCGUAUACAACAUCUUAGAGGAUCUUCAAAAUGUUUUCAUUCAGCUGGUGCCAGAAUUGAAUCUUUGGAGGAAAAAAGACAUUGCAUUAUUCUGUUAGGCCAUCUGUUCAUGGCGAUGGAGACCAUGGUAAUUCCAGAAAUCUACAUGAGUGGCAGCCCCCUACCAUCCUUUUUUUACCUGUACUAUGAAUUCCCUGAGCAGAAACAGUGUCAUAUUGAAUACCCUACCAGUGAAUGAGGCACUUGAUAAGUUCAUGAAUGGUAUCUUGGCAGACACCUUGCAGACAGGCGAGGCAAAUCCAUACUCAGGGUAAAUGGCUAUUGCUGUGAGAACAAACCACUGUCUGUUUUGUGAUUGAAGUGAUCGAAUGUCAUCAUACUGCAGUCAAGGUCUUUUGGCUGGAUUGACAAGGACUUGGAAGGAGCAUGGUUUGAAAACUGGUGACAAAGGCAUUCUGAGGAAAAGGCACGUGGAUGACUUACAUUCCAUUUGACGGCUUACCAAAGAGCACCCUCAGGAGAGAGGACUCAGCCAUCAGGGGGAUAAGAUGCCAAGUUCUGUGUAUGUUGGUCCAUCUCUUUCAUCAGCCAUCUCUGUCCUUGCCCAGAGGGCCCAGAGAUAUUGGUGGCAGGCCUGGAGAUUGUGUUUGGGCUCAGCUUCACCAUGGCCAGUCUAGCUGCAGUCACUGCUGAGGACUCAACCUAAUAAUAGCAGGGAGGAUGUGGCUGAUGGCACAGCUCUGCAAGAGGACCAGCCCACAAGCUUGAAUGCCUCCUUUGUUUUUCACUAGUUUUAAAAGUGUUAUAUAAUAAAUGCCCAAGGAUUUAUAACCUAA